AUGAAUACGCCCACGCCAGGAGCGCACAAGCGCAAACCGUCAUCCCUCGGUUCAGGUCUCCUUCUUCCAGGAUCCGUACCCUCCACUCCACAUCCUCUCGCCAACUCCUUCACAGCCUCCAACAUCCCAGAGUCUCUACAGGCGGAUACACCAGUACGAGGUGGAGCUACAGAAGAUGAGUAUGGCCUGAUUGCUGCGCCUAAGGAGAGGAAGAGACGAAAGCCGAAGGAUGAUGACGAUGACGAAGAUGAGGAUAUGGACGAUGACGAGGACGACGAUGGGAUUGUCAUGUCUAGAGGUGUAGGGGAAAGUGAUAAAGCCAAGGAAAGAUUUUUGCUGGACUCCUUCACGACGGAGCAGAUGAUCCGCUACGAGAUCUACAGACGAUCGAACCUGAAUAAGUCAGGGCUCAAAAAGAUCGCAAAUGCUGCACUUGGUCAGUCAAUUACACCUAAUGUCGCCAUCGUUAUUGGUGGUUUCUCAAAGGUGUUUGUGGGCGAAAUUGUGGAGCUUGCGCUGCAGAUUCGAGGAGAGGGUACGGGACCGUUGAGUCCUGAUAGUCUGAGAGAGGCAUACAGAAGAUACAAGGCGGAUAGAUUGGUAAUGCCGCAAGCAUCAAGCCGAGGGAGGAGGAUGUUCAGAUAA